AUGAACGUUCGUCUGGUGACUGCAUGGGUACUGACUGCAUGUUGCGCACUAACGGUCGGUGCGGAUCUGCCAAGCUGUGAUCGGGCUAGAUGCCACCACUGUCGAGUACCAUUCAUCGCCAAAAUGUGCCCAGAAACCUGUGAGCCGUGCCCGAAGGAGAAAUUUUUGCUGGACAACGAACUUCCGGCAAAGAAAACUCCGGAUGGAACGACGAAAGACUUCAGGCAACAACAAAAGAAAUUUCCUCGCAAGCCUCAUGAACCACGCACAGCACUAGGCUUCGUAAGGACGAACAUACUGAACGCCUCACCAACUGCAUUCCCACAAUCGCAGCGGCCACAUGCGAAAGCUGUUAACACACAACAAGUAAUACCACAGCAGCUGCCGCAGAAACCAUCAUACGCCGCACGGUACAAUUCGGUACCUUCGCUGGCAGCUCACGGACCAAACGAUCCUUAUACGUACCAGUACCUACCACAGCAAUCAAAUCAAGUGGCUGCGCCAGGACCGCAAUUACCAGCCCUACCACCUCCUCCUCUACCGCCACCACCUCCACAACAACAAGCACAGUAUGCUACCUCAAUUCCGACAUUCCCAACGUUCCCGACGUUCACAAUCCAGCCAUUUCUGCCAUUUACAUUCCCCACUGUAAGCUACUUGUUUUUUAAUAAAAGCCUAGAUUUAUAA